GACUGUCACGUGAUUGUCAAUCAGCAAAGAAAACAAAAUGACGGAAACAGACACAGAGAAAACUCCCUUAAUAAAGGAUUAUGACGGAGAAGAUGAAGAACUUACAGGCUGUGGGGCAACCCUGGCCUGUAACCCAAGAAGAUCACUUCAUAGAUACCUGAUCUUGAUCAUCAUGUGUUUCCUAAGUUUUGGGAGUUAUUUCUGCUAUGACAAUCCAGCUGCUCUUCAGGACAACAUGACAAGGGAUUUGAAAAUAUCAGUCGGUAAAUUCAUGGGGUUUUAUUCCUGGUACUCAUGGCCGAAUGUAAUUCUCUGUUUCUUCGGUGGAUUUUUGAUUGACAGAGUGUUUGGUGUCCGGGUUGGUGCGGUCAUUUUCAGCUUGUUUGUUACAGCAGGACAGAUUGUUUUUGCGACUGGAGCUUUAGUUAACAAAUACUGGCUUAUGUGUGUUGGGAGAUUCAUUUUUGGAAUUGGUGGUGAGUCUCUUGCAGUAGCACAGAAUACAUAUGCGGUGAAAUGGUUCCAGGGGAGAGAACUCAACAUGGUGUUUGGUCUUCAGCUCAGCUUCUCUAGAGUUGGUAGUACAGUUAAUAUGAAUGUUAUGCAGCCUAUCUACAAGUACAUAUCACGCACAAUUCAGGGAUUCAAAUGUCUUGGUAUAGCUUUGUUUGUAGGAGGUGUUAUGUGUUUCCUGUCUUUGAUAUGUGCACUGGCACUUGGAUAUUUUGACAAGAGGGCGGAUAGAAUUCUGAAACGGGCCUCGGUUACUUCAGAGGAAGUUAUAAGAAUCAGGGAUGUGAAAGAUUUUGGUUUCAAGUUUUGGUUGCUAUGUGUUAUCUGUGUGGCUUACUAUGUGGCUGUGUUCCCUUUUAUAGGACUUGGUCUUGUUUUCUUUGAAAUGAAGUUUGAAAUGGACCCUUCUUUAGCUAAUAGUGUAAACAGUUUGGUGUACAUCAUAUCAGCAGUUGCCUCCCCUCUGUUUGGUUUCCUCAUAGACAAGAGUGGCAGGAAUGUAUUCUGGGUAAUUCUUGGGACCUCUACAACUAUUGGUUGCCAUGCACUGCUUGCCUUUACAUUCAUUACACCUUUUGUUGCCAUGAGUAUAAUGGGAUUGGCUUACUCAGUACUUGCCAGUGCACUGUGGCCAAUGGCAUCAAUGAUAGUGCACCAACAUCAACUUGGGACAGCAUAUGGCAUAAUGCAGGCUAUCCAGAACCUUGGUUUGGCAACUAUAUCAAUUGCUGCUGGCAGUAUAGUAGAUUCCAAAGGUUACCUUAUCCUUGAAGUCUUCUUUCUUGCCUGGCUGUGUAUUGCCCUUAUCGCUGCUGUUUUGUUAUAUCUGAUUGAUGCAGCACAAGGAGGGGUCCUUAACAGAUCUGCUAAACUUCGACAGAAGGAAAGGGAACUGGAGGAAGCUAAUGAGAAAGUGAUAAACUGAGGGGAGGCAAUCCCAGUUGAUUAGAUGGUGCCAAACAUUGUUUAUAUGUAUUAAAAACCACUCUUUGACAGGAGUUAAAACAUUCCAAAAUCUUUGAUACAAGAUAUGUAUAGGUUUAAAGACAUGGAUUUUUUAGAGUGAUGACUAGAAGUUGUUGUUUUAAGAGUUUUUUGUUUACUAGUGUUUGUUUAACAUACACUUAUUUUAACAUACACUUGUUUUAACAUAGGCUUGUUUAAAAAGACUUGAAAAUCACAUGAAACAUAUUUAUGUUGUUUUAGAUAUAGGUUUGAGAAUAUUUUAUGAAGUUUAAAACAGGGAUAUAUAUCGAAUAGUCUGUGGAAUUAACAUAUGAGGUUUUUGAAUUUUAACAAUUUUCUGACCACAUAAAAGCUUCAUUAGAUGACCAAAAACCUAAAACUGCACUCAUUGGUUGAUAGUGUUUGAUUUGUUUGUUCAUAGAACUACAUAUUUCAUCAUUUUAGGAUUGCUGUUGUAUAUUUUAGAUGGUCGUGAUCUUAACCAAAUCCUUAAUUCCUCUCUUUUUGAUAGAGUUCCUAUAUUUCUGGGGACCUCCUAAAUGGUGUAUAAUUUCCUGUAUUCUGAAUAGUUUUUAUACAUAUUUAAUUUCAACGUUUUCCACAAGAGAAAAGUGCAAAUACUGUCUGUUUUUCUUGUUCAGUAUUUCUUUAAGGAUGUUCCUAGGUAGAGUUUUUAGCAUUGUCAUCAGUUCAUAUUUUUUUAAGUGUAUACACCAUUAUAUUCUAAGCAUGCAGACUUUAUUUGUCCCCUAUUGGUUGAAAAAAUUUAGUUCCAGUGUCUUACGAAGGUUCAUUUGCCAGUCAGCCUAAUUGCUUGAUUGCAAGUUUGAAUUAAAAUAUAAUGGGUAAAUGUUGUAUAAAACAAAACGAAGUCAGCAGUAUCUUAACUUUAAUUACAGAUGGUGAUUUAUGGUCACCCUGGUAUAUGUUUUGGAAUGAGAAACAAAUUUGUGAGGGAGGUAAUCAAAAUGCUCGCAAUACUCAUAUUGUUUUAUUGGCUUAUUUUUGCUUUUAUUUUAUGCAUUCUUCUUUCUGUUUUGUUUUUGCUUCAAGUGUAAUAGUAUGUAACAUGUACUUGUACUUUAUUCAAAUUUCAUUUGUAUUAUAUCAAAAUUUGACAGUUUUUGAAUUUUUUUUUUAAUUAUUAUAAAAUUUCUGUCUGAAUUAUUUCCCUUUAAUAAUUUUUGCAGUGAUUUUCAUGUUGAAUGAACAUUUUUUUACAACAUAAAGUCAGCUCCAGCAUUAAACUGUAUCUUUAAGAAAAAGUAGCUGCUAGUAUUUUCCACAAAAGAAUAGUUCAUUUAUAAGAUACAAGCAGUUAACAUUUUUUUUCAUUGUUGCAUAUAUGUACUUAAGGAACAAAUUUCUUUUUGAAUUCAGUGAAAUGAAUGACAGAAUAUGAUCUUCAAAUCCAUGCAUUGCAUUAAAUGUUGUAAUUCAUGGUUAAUUUGCCAAUCAUAUACUUACAUGCAUUUCGCCUGAAUUUCAAAGAAAUUCAUUUCUUAAGUACAUAUUUAUUUUCUAUAUUAAUUUUAUAAUGUGGGGGUUGUCAAAACAGCGGCAUGUUAUUUCGAAGGGGUAUUAUCAUAAUUUGGUGCCUUUACUUUUGUGAUUCAUAUAUUAAAAUGAAUAUCAUAAUAUUUAUGGAACAAAUAGUGACAUUGUAAACAAAUUAUGUUAGUAUUAUGACAGAAACAUUCUAACUGGAUGCUACAAGUCUUGAGCAUAAGGGAUCCAUUUUAGGCAUUGUAUAUAAUUCUGUCAGUCAAUUUUAUUUUAUAAGUUUAGUGAUACAUUUGCAGUGGUCAGUUUUACGGCAUCAGUUUUACAUUCUUGUUUUGUUGUUACAUUGUAAUAAUCAUAUAACUUCUUUUAAGGCAUAAAAAAAAAUUGUUUGUUUCUGGUAACAUGCUAAAAAAAUUAGGGUAGGUAGGUUGGUAAAUUUUUUUUUUAUAAAGUGGGACUUUUCGGAAAUUAUUUGUGUCAAAAAAAGAAUACAAAUAAGGGGGUUAUGCCUUUAGAGCAUCAGUAAGUUGAUUUCUAACAUCACUGACCAUGUUUAAAGCAUAAAAAGUGCAAUUUUGUAACUUUUUGUUCAAAGUUGAAAAAAAAAUACUACAAGGCCAUAAAAACAUUUAGGGUCGGGUCAAAAAUUUAGGGUAGGUCGAGAUACAAGAAACAACCAAUUUUUUUAAUUAGGCCUAAUGCAAAAACUGAAAUAUUAUUAUUGUACAAAAGUAACUAUUUCCUUUUGUAAUUAUGAAUCUAAAAUUGGAAUAUUUUAAUACUUAGAAUUGCUCAAAUACAGCCUGACAACUGUCUGAGGCAGGAUUAAUGCAUGAGAGUUGUGUAUUUAAGUGUAAAAUCGAAAUCUGUUUCUAAUGAAUGGUAGCUACAAGUGAAAAUGUAAAAUCUAGUGUUCACAAGUGCCAGGUACUUAGAUCUUAAGUUUGAAUUAUUAAACUUAUUUUUUUAAUGCUUUAACCAAAUUUUACCCUUUUUAUUGUUCUGUACCAGUGAAAAAUAAGGAUUUCAUAUUUUUCUAUCAAAUAUAUUUUUCACUGUGAGAUUACAACAUUUAUUUCAAUUUUUCAUGAAAAAAAGAUGUUCUGUAGUCAUUAAUAUUUUGUAUGUGUAUGAGUAUGGUGCUAAGAACAUAAUUUUAUUUCUGUUUUUAGUUGAUUGAAUAAAUGCUCAGGCCACUACAUGCACCUCUAAAUGUUUAAAACUGUACUGAUGCCAUGUUUUCAUUGUAUAACUGAAAUAUUACUCUUAAACUUACAAUGUUAAUAUAAUAUAUAUACAUGUAUCAAAAUUGUUGCCCAAUAAAUAUUUUUUUAAUAAAAAUAAUUGUUCAAAUCAACAUUGUUGUAUUUUAUAUUUUAUUUUUAUUGAAUUAGUAUAACUAAUAAAAGGUAUAAUGUUAUUCAUAUACUAGUAGUGUAAUAACCUGACGAGAACAAAAAUGAUUUAAUAACCACAGAUAAUUUAUAACUGUUGUUUUUUGAACUUCUGUCUUCAAGGCUGUUGUUAAUUUACGAAACACUUUACAAAGUUAUGUUUCAUCUAUUCUUAUGUACACCCUGAUGAAGGCACUGUAAAAGCCGAAACGUUGGUUGUGAAUUAAAAUUGUUUUAAACUUAA